AACUUCAUUUUCAUCUUUCACUUCUGUCAAGAUGAGAGGGUACUUGGUUUGCUCUGUGUUCUUGUUAGUAACAGGGUUAUCCAAGCCCAUCCUGAGCUUCGAGUCGAAUGAACACCUUCAAGAUGCUCUUUUGGCCAUCGGACAUCGUGAAAUGGAACUCCCAUUGGAUUGGCACAACUUCGAGCGAGGUCUUUGGCCAUAUUUCGAUGCCCUGAGGCAUAUUGAUAUCUUUGAGGAACGUACUAAGAUUGUCCACAAGCUGGACGAUCGAGUCGAACUACUCCAUCAAGGACCUCUGGAAAACAUCACUUGCGCUCUCUGCGAUUCUUUCAUCAAAAUCGUCUUGGAUUCUGUGGAUGAAGGAACCCCAGUCGAGGAUAUUCAGGACUUGAUUGCUAACAUUUGCAUGGAUCUCCAUAUUGAGGCUGACACAGUUUGCCAAGGGAUUGUUUCGACUUAUGGACCCAUUCUGAAAUUUGUUAUCGAUGGACUUGGACCAAAAGCGACUCCGGAACUCUUUUGUGGAGUCUUUUUGGACGAGUACUGCAUGUCGACGGAAGUGAACGAUUUGGUCAAUAAUUGGGAGGUGACACAUUCCAACGUUCCAAAGCCGCCCUUCACUCCGCCCACUUUACCAGAGCCUGAAGCGACCAAACUCAAGGUUCUUCACCUUACUGAUCUUCAUAUCGAUUUAUCUUAUCUGCCUGGAUCAAACCCAGACUGUGGAAUGCCUUGUUGCUGCAUGAACACGACGGGUCUGGCUCAAGGGGAUGAACGACGAGCAGGAUAUUGGGGAGACAUUGCGGAUUGUGACCUUCCUAUUUGGACAUUUGAGGCCAUGCUACAACAGAUCAAAGAAGACCAUGGUUCCGAGUUGGCAUAUACCAUUUACACCGGAGAUUCCCCUCCUCAUGAUGUUUGGCAGCAAUCCAAGGAAUCGAAUUUUGAACACUCGAAGCGGGUUCUGGAGCUUUACAAACAGUAUUUACCCAAUGUACCACUUUACCUGAGCUUGGGAAAUCAUGAGGGGUUUCCCGUGAAUAGUUUUCCGCCUGAGGAAUUGCUUGGAACCGAAUACUCGGGAGCAUGGCUCUUCGAAGGUGUGGGAGAUCUGAUUUCAGAAUGGAUCACGCCUGAGGCGACAAAUACCUUUAAGGUUAAUGGACGCUAUUCUAUUCGGCCUUAUCCAGGCAUGAAAAUCAUCAAUCUGAACAACAACUUCGGAGUAGGAAUGAAUAUGAUGACGUAUUUUGAUUUCCACGAUCCCGCUAGUCAAUUGGCCUGGUUGUCAGAAGAGCUCCAAGAAUCAGAAGACCUGAGAGAGAAGGUACACAUCUUAACUCAUCAUCCAAAUGGGAAAUGUAUCCGAGGCUGGAGGGAGCAAUAUGCUAAGAUUGUUCACAGAUACGAAAGUACCAUUGCGGCUACAUUUGUUGGGCAUACUCACAAGGACAGCUUUGAGAUCUGGAUUGAUGGUGAAGGUCAAGCCACCAUGACAACCUUCAUCGGGCCUAGCGUAACACCGCGUGGUGAAAAAUCGCCAGAAUACAAAAUCUUUACCAUAGAUGGAGGUUACGAAGGGGCCUCUUGGCAGGUCCUUGAUUAUGACACUUAUAUUAUGGAUGUUAUGGACUACAACGAUCCGGAAGUGCCACCCAGGUUUUAUAAGUUCUAUUCGGCUCUAAAGGAAUUUGAAAUGAACUCGAUGUAUCCAGAAGACUGGAAGAUGUUGCUUGAGCGAGCCAUGACCGAUGACGACCUUUAUGAGACUCUUGUGAGGUUUCAGGCGCAAAAUAUUGCUUGGGCCGAUGAAGAUGACGAAAGACGGGAAUUCCUGUGCAAGAGAAUCAUCGUCGAAGGCCAAAAGGAUAACACAACUUGUCCUUUGCACUUUUAAGGAUUUCUCACGGAACAUUGACUGUCAAGAAAGUGCAACCUCUAUUGGCUUUCUCCCCGGUUUCAAAAUCAGAUAAUCAGCGACUUUUCUCAGGGUGAUUGUCCUUGGCACGAGCAAUUAGCACCUAUCAAUCUGACAACUUGCCCUUUUCCAUGUCUAUUUUUACUUACGUAUCAUGACAAAAUGCAAUUUCAAAACAACAAA